AUGUUUGUUGCAGCUGCGUAAAACAGCACUAAUUACAAAACCUUAAGAAACACCAGACACUUUCUGAUAAGCAUGAUUUUGGCCUUACUCAGUCAAAUACUGAACGUAUUAGGCAUUAUCUCGCAGGUUCAUUGGUCGAGUCAAACAGAUUACUUCACUGCUGCUGUCUAUGAGCACGUGAGAUUGGGAAAUGAUGACCCAUUUCAAAUCACCAUUCAGAAGAAUCUUGCAUUAUAUGCUGAAGUAACUGGUCGAGCUGCAGCAGCGGGCGCUGACAUUAUUGUGUUCCCAGAAUAUGGUCUGUGUAAAGGAAAAUCAACACGACAUGAGAAUCGAAAGAUUUUAGAGCAUAUCCCGAAUCCAUAUAAAGAAAACUGGAAUCCAUGUGUCCAAAAAGAAAAGUUCAGGGAUCGACCGAUCCUCACAAAAUUGAGCUGUAUAGCUAAAGUUAAUGGAAUAGUUCUUGUUGCCAACAUGGGUGACCUUCAACCGUGUCAGAUAUCCCAGGAUCCUCACUGUCCAUCUGAUGGAGAGUAUCAUUACAACACUAAUGUGGCUUUUGGUAGAGAUGGAACACUUCUAGCUCGUUACCACAAGAUGCAUCUUUUCUUUGAGACUACCUAUAACAUUCCUUCAACACCUGAGUAUGCCAUUUUCAACACAGAUUUUGGUGUAAUGGGCAUGUUCAUUUGUUUUGACAUCAUAUUUGAAGACGCAAUGAAACUUGUGAAAGACUAUGGAGUCCAAACAGUUUUGUUCCCAACUUGGUGGUUUGAUGAGUUGCCAUUUCUUGCUGCCCAUCAAUUUCAAGAGGCUUGGUCCUUGGGAUUAAGAGUUAAUUUAUUAGCUGCAAACAUGCAUCAACCAUCUGUUGGUACACUUGGUAGUGGUGUUUACUCUGGAACACAAGGAGUCUUAAACUAUACUCAUAUACCUGACGGUAAACCUAAACUGCUUUUCGCAAAACUUCCAAAAAAUCCCCAUAAAUGGCAUUUUAAAAACAAUAUUCAACCACGCCCAAUACCUCUACAAGAUCGUUUCAAGAGCAGCUUCUUCGAAUAUGACAAAAACGCUCUUAAAGAAAAUUUCUACCUUGCAGUUUUCAAGGGUAUUCGUAAUGUAAAGGAUCACUACUUCUGGUGUGAAGAAGUCUGCCUCUUGGCUGCCUGCAGAUCCCAGAAAAGUAAUCAAUGCUCCAGUUUUCCAACUACAACCAAAACUAUAUUCACCAAGAUCAAACUGAGUGGGAAUUUUAGUACUAGAUAUGUUUAUCCCAAUGUCUUGACAAGCAGUUUGUAUCUCCAGCCACUAGCAAAAUGGACUUUCUCUAUGUCUCACCAACUCAAAGAACUGGUCACUAUGCCAACUCUUACAGACCCUGUGCUUAGUGCCAACCUCUAUGGUCGUUGUUACGACCGUGAUCCAAUGUACCGAACUUAAAGUAUAUUGUAUACCACAUCCUCCCAUAAUAUAUCAUGCAGGUUAAACAUGUAUUAAACAUUUUGUAUAUGUUCUGUAAGUGUAUAGUUAAGUCUAUACAUUUAAAUAACUUAUUUACAAAUAAUAUUUUCAGGUCAUCAUAUUCUAAUGAGUUACUCGGAAAGCGGAAAAUAAAGCUGAUGGAAACAUG